AUGGGAAAUUUAUUAAUAAAGGAAAAACAAAUAAACAUUUUUAGAAAAAAAGGAGAUAUUUUAAACACACGAAAUUUAAAAGCAGUGCAUGUUGAAACUAUAUACCCUCCUUUAAAAAAAUCCAAAAAAGUAUCUAUUUGCAGAUGUUGGAAAUCCAAUAACUUCCCUUAUUGUGACAAUGCACAUCAAAAGUUGCAGCAGCAGGGCGUAAUUUGUGGUCCCUUACUUUUAGAAGUUCGACGAGGUAGUAAUACGUACAGGUGA